AAAUAUAAACUCAUUAUGGACUGCUGUAACGCGGGACUGUGUGCCAAAGUGUCGUCGCAAUUCAGAAUGCCACAUACCAACAAGUCCAGAAGUACCUCGGCCAGUGGCUCUAGUACCGGACCGGACCGAGGGGAGGAACGAGAAGAAGAAAGAGAGGAAGCUGAGCCAGAGCCAAAGGUCCAAGUCCAGGAAGCAGGGGAUGGAGGAGGAGAGAACACUGGAGACCCGGAGAUCAUCAAGUCCCCUAGUGACCCCAAACAGUACAGGUACAUCGAGCUGACCAAUGGGCUUCGAGUUCUACUAAUUUCAGACUUCACUGGUCCUGCCUCUUCUGGAGAUGACGAAUCAGAGGAGGAGGAGGAACUGGGGGAGGAGGAGGAAGAGGAGGAAGAAGACUCAGGAGAGGAAACAGAGGAAGAGUCUGAAGAAGAGGAGGAUGACAAGGACAGUGACUUUGAGGAUGACGAGGAUGGAGGGAAGAGGAAGAAGGGACACUCAGAGAAACAGUCUGCAGCAGCGCUGUGUGUGGGUAUUGGCAGCUUCAGUGACCCCAAUGACCUCCCAGGCCUCGCCCAUUUCCUGGAACACAUGGUGUUCAUGGGCAGUGAGAAGUACCCAUCAGAGAAUGGUUUCGAUGCCUUCCUGAAGAAACAUGGGGGCAGUGACAACGCCUCCACGGACUGUGAGAGAACCGUCUUCCAGUUUGACGUCCAGAGAAAGAAAUUCAGAGAGGCUCUGGACAGGUGGGCCCAGUUUUUCAUCUGUCCUCUGAUGAUCCGAGACGCCAUCGACAGGGAGGUGGAAGCUGUCGACUCCGAGUACCAACUGGCCAAGCCGUCUGACUCUCACAGGAAAGAGAUGUUGUUUGGGAGUCUAGCGAAGCCAGGUCACCCCAUGGGCAAGUUCUGCUGGGGUAAUGCCCAGACUCUGAAGACAGAGCCCAGGAAAAAGAAGAUCAACGUUUACAAGAGGCUCCGCUCCUUCUGGAAGAGACAUUACUCUGCCCACUACAUGACCCUGGCUGUGCAGUCUAAAGAGAAGCUGGACACUCUAGAGGAGUGGGUGAAGGAGAUCUUCAGUGGAGUGCCCAACAAUGCUCAGCCCAAGCCGGACUUCUCUGAGCUUCUGGAUCCCUUUGAUACUCCAGCCUUCAACAAGCUGUACAGAGUUGUUCCUGUGAGGAAGGUCCAUGCUCUGACCAUCACCUGGUCCCUGCCUCCUCAGGAGAAACACUACAGGUGCUGGGCCAUGGCUCUGUUUGGAGGGAACAGUGAAACAGGCUUUGACCAGAACUCUACCUACUCCAUCUUCUCUAUCUCCAUCACACUCACUGACCAAGGAUUCCAGAACUUCUACCAGGUUGGUACACAGUCACUGACCAAGGAUUCCAGAACUGCUACCAGGAUUCCAGAACUGCUACCAGGUUGGUACACAGUCACUGACCAAGGAUUCCAGAACUUCUACCAGGUGGCUCACCUGGUCUUCCAGUAUCUCAAGAUGCUACAGAGCCUGGGCCCCCAACAAAGGAUCUAUGAGGAGAUUCAAAAGAUUGAAGCCAAUGAGUUUCACUACCAGGAACAGACGGACCCUAUAGAGUAUGUGGAGGAUAUCUGUGAGAACAUGCAGCUGUUUCCUAAAGAACACUUCCUCACCGGAGACCAGCUCAUGUUCCAGUAUUCACCUGAGGUGAUCAGUGCGGCCCUGUCCUUGCUGACUCCAGACAGAUCCAACCUGUUGCUGCUCUCUCCAGAACACGAAGGCCACUGUCCCCUCAGGGAGAAAUGGUUUGGGACACACUACAGCGUAGAGGAUAUCCAACAAGAGUGGAGAGAGCGCUGGAACGGAGACUUUGAGCACAACUCUGACCUGCACCUCCCUGUCGAGAACAAGUUCAUCGCGACUGAUUUCAGCCUGAAGCAGUCUGACUGUCCUGAUACUGAGCUGCCAGUCAGAGUAACUGCCAACGACCGAGGAUGUCUCUGGUACAAGAAGGACAACAAGUUCAACAUACCCAAAGCCAUUAUCCGCUUCCAUCUCAUCUCUCCGGUCAUCCAGCAGUCAGCCAAGAACCUGGUGUUAUUUGACCUGCUCGUGAACAUACUGGGUCAUAACCUAGCAGAGCCAGCCUACGAGGCUGACGUGGCCCAGCUGGACUACAAGCUGUCAGUAGGAGAACACGGACUGGUUAUCAAGGUCAAGGGCUUCAACCACAAACUGCCUCUCCUGUUCCAUCUGAUCCUGGACCAUCUGGCUGACUUCUCUGCCUGUCAAGAUGUCUUCAAUAUGUUCUCUGAGCAGCUCAAAAAGGCCUACUUCAACAUCCUCAUACGACCUGAGAAACUGGGCAAGGACGUGCGGUUGUUGGUCCUGGAGCAUGGUCGCUGGUCCAUGGUAGAGAAGUACCAGGCGCUGGCAGACGGUGGUCUGACUGUAGAACAACUGAUGGAGUUCAGCAGAACCUUCAAGACUCAGCUCUAUGCAGAGGGACUGGUGCAGGGGAACUUCACUAGCCAGGAGUCAAUCCAGUUCCUGCAGUACGUCACUGAUAAGCUGCAGUUCUCCAAGUUGCCAGCAGAGGUCUCUGUGUUGUUCAGAGUGGUGGAGCUGCCUCUGAAACAGCACGUCUGUAAGGUCAAAGCACUGAACAAGGGAGAUGCCAACUCAGAGGUCACAGUCUACUACCAGUCUGGUCUGAAAACCCUCAGAGAACACACACUGAUGGAGUUGCUGGUGAUGCACAUGGAGGAGCCCUGCUUUGACUUCCUCAGGACAAAAGAGACUCUGGGGUAUCAUGUUUAUCCAACCUGCAGAAACACGUCUGGAGUCCUGGGCUUCUCUGUCACGGUGGAAACACAGGCCACCAAGUUCAAUACUGAGCUGGUAGAGUUGAAGAUAGAGGAGUUUCUGUCUUCCUUUGGAGAGAAGUUGAGUGCCCUGACUGAGAGUGCCUUCAACACACAGGUGACUGCGCUGGUCAAGCUAAAGGAGUGUGAGGACACACACCUGGGAGAGGAGGUGGACAGGAACUGGGCCGAGGUCGUUACACAGCAGUAUGUCUUCAACAGGCUUCACAGAGAGAUUGAGGCACUGAAACAGAUGACCAGAGCAGAGCUGGGAUCCUGGUAUCUGGAGCACCGCGGACACAACUGCAGAAAACUCAGUGUACAUGUGGUGGGUUUUGGGCCGGAGGAGGGCGACCCCCCAGGAGAGGACAACGGAGAGAGGGAUGAGGAAGAGUGUGGCAGUUCAUCCUACGGUGAAGUGUCCAAACUGACCUUCCUCCCCGCCUCGCCCAAGAUGGCCGCCGCUACAUCCAUCAUGGACAUUCCUUCAUUUACCCAGAGCCUUACCCUCUUCCCAUACCACAAGAUCAUCCAAUAGACUACCAGUAUAUAUUUUCUCAAUAUUUAUUUCAAACUCUCUCUCCUUCAUUGCCUGACCAUAACAUCAUCUAAUAAACUCAAUGAGAUACACAACCA